CACACUUUUUCAAAGCCGGCCCAGGAAGUCGUACUAAAAUGCGUCGAAUAAUAGCAAAAGCAAUAGAAAUACUACCUCGAGCAAACGCCAGUUCACACGCUCGUCACUGUUCAAAAGUCGCGGUUCCGGCAACGCAGCAAAGUGUUAAGCUCCGGCGUUACGAAGAUGAUUUGGCGAACGAAUUCAAUCAGUUACUCCGGGAGGAAAACCGAUUCGUGCUUGAGCCUGUUCCGGAUCCGUUGGCGGUCGAGGCAUUUCCAAACACUCAGCCUUCUUUCAAUUUUGCUGCGUACGUGAACAAAUCGAACACACUGAAGCAGUUAGUUUCUCUCGGUGUUGAAUUGCAUAAACUAGAGAAGCGCAAAGGUAUCGCCCAGUACGUGCUUCGAUUGGAUUUCGAUCGUGACAUGAGAGAGCAUAUCCGGUUUCUGUCCGACGCUGGUGUGCCCUCUGAGAUGCUAGGAGAAUUUAUCACGAAAAACCCUCUCAUAUUCAAAGAGGAGCUAGAAAAUUUGCAAACAAGGAUCAACUACCUGUGUUCAAAGUGCUUCGUGCCCGAACAGAUCACACGUAUCGUCACGAAAAAUCCGUUCUGGCUGAUGUUCAACACAAAGCGCAUAGAUCGCCGCUUGGGAUACUUUCAGAAAGCAUUUCAGUUGGACGGUGGCGAGGUUCGAACCCUAGCGGCCAAGCAGCCGCGACUUAUCACGUAUAACAUGGAACAUGUCCGUAAGAACACCUUUAGCGUGCAGGAAGAGAUGGGUUUCGAAAAGGACGAAGUAAAGCGGCUGUUGCUGGAUAAACCUAGGAUAUGGAUGACAAACACGGAAGCGCUACAGCAUCGCUUUGAUUACAUUCACCGCCAGAUGAAAUUGACGCACGCGGAAAUACUGCAAACGCCCGACCUGCUGGUCACGCGUGUGUUUCGGAUCAAACAAAGGCACGGGUUCCUCAAAUUUCUUGGCAAAACGCAGUACAAUCCCAGAAAGGAGCUUUAUAUUCCGCUAAAAACACUGGUCGCAGGGACGGACGAGGAGUUUGUGACAGAAAUAGCCAAAUCGAACAUGGAAUGUUACAAUCUUUUCUUGAAAACACUUUAAACGCGCAAGCAGUGCUGCGGUUGGUCUAUAGGUAGACAAUAAAAUCAGAGCAAUUCGAAAAAGAGAAUAAUAAAAAGUAUAGAG